CUGUUCAGAACUCAUCCAGCCAUCCAUGCAUUAACAUCAUUUUACUGCGCACCGCGGAAUAAUCUACAAACUAUUCUGUUACAAGUGCGUGAUUCUAACAUACAUAUUGAGUAUCUCAUCACACAGGAACUCGUGUUCAGCGAUAAUGUGGUACGCAGAGAAGAAACUUAUCUGCGUUUUCCUGCUAUGCGUUCGGCCGAUAGUAAUGACAAAUUCAAUAGAAAAUAAAACAGAUACAUGUCAAUUGCCAAAUGACUUAAUCAAAGAGAUAGACUCGUACGCGCCGACAAUACAGCGAAUAAUCAACUUAGCUAUACAAGGCUCUUACAAAGGCGUCACAUGGCAAGAUCUGGCGACUUUUGUUGACAAAUUUGGUCCAAGGUUUACCGGUACCCAAGUCCUUGAAAACGCAAUCGAUUAUGUGUUAAACAAAUCGAUUAGUUUAGGCUUAGAGAACGUUCAUGGUGAAACAGUUACCGUACCGCGUUGGAUCAGAGGUUCGGAAUCUGCGACUCUUUUACAACCACGGCAACAAAAUCUAGCGUUGUUAGGACUGGGUUACAGCGUUGGUACUCCGGAGGAAGGCAUCACAGCUCACGCCGUUGUAGUGAAUUCUUUUGCAGAGCUUAAAAAAAGGGCCAAAGAGAUUCCAGGAAAGAUUGUUGUGUACAAUCAACAAUUUGUUUCGUAUGGGGAAACCGUGGAAUAUAGAAGCGCCGGAGCAACGAGAGCGGCGGAAUUGGGCGCCGUGGCCACGCUAAUUAGAUCGGUAACUCCAUAUUCAUUGUACACUCCGCAUACCGGUAUGAUGAGUUACGGGAAGAACGUGACCAAAAUUCCAGCUGCCUGCAUAACUGCCGAAGACGCGAGUCUUCUCAAAAGAAUGGAAGACCGAGGAGAAUUGAUAGUGAUAAAUCUGAAAAUGCAAGCGCAAAACUAUCCCGACACACAGUCGCGGAAUGUCAUAGCGGAAAUCACCGGCAGUAAUGCGUCUGAAAAGGUAGUUGUUGUUUCUGGACACAUAGACAGUUGGGAUGUUGGACAAGGCGCAAUGGACGACGGAGGUGGCAGUUUUAUAUCUUGGAACGCGCUGAAGUUAUUGAAACAACUUGACAUUCGGGCGCGAAGAACAAUCAGAAUGAUAAUGUGGACCGCCGAAGAAAUGGGCAUCGUCGGAGCUCGUAAAUAUAUACAAAACCACACGGCGGAGAACGACAAUCUGCAAUUCGUGAUGGAAUCCGAUUUGGGCACAUUCGAGCCCGAAGGUCUUGAAUUCACUGGAAACGAAUUCGUUCAGUGUAUACUCGAGAGAAUAAUGCGUUUGUUAGCGCCGUUAGGUGACAUGAAACUGAGAAAUCCCUGCCAAGGACCUGACAUAGAAAGCUGGGUGAACGCUGGCGUACCAGGCGGAAGUCUUUGGACGCGUAACAAGAAAUAUUUUUAUUAUCAUCACACGAACGCGGACACCAUGCUGGUGGAAAAUCCGAAAGCUCUGGACAUGAACACAGCUCUAUUUGCAGCUGUGUCGUACGUUCUAGCAGACAUCAGUGUCGAUCUGCCUCGACACAAUCUGACGAACCAUAUACCUUAAUAAAAUCAGCUUGAUGUGAUACAUGAUACAUGCAAAAUAUAAUGACCGCGUGUUUAUAGACCGUC